AAGAUACUUUAAAUAAUAGAAAAUUUUAAGAUUUGAAGGAUUAGUAAUUUUUAAUUUUUGUUAAAAUUGGCAGUACUGAGUUUUAAAUAAGUUAAAAUGUCAACAGAAAAGUAAUUGUGCAGCUGAUUGGAUUGUUUUUUGCUCUUAACAAAAAAAUUUCAUGAAAGCGGGCAAAUAAAUAAGGAAUAGUUUAUAAGCAUGUCUUCAAAUUUUAAAUAUACGUUGUUUAAAAGUGUAAAACCAUAUGUAAGAUUUGUUCCUCAAUUGAGUAAACCCGUGUUAAGAGUUUUAAUUCAAGUUUGCGUACAUUAUAUAGAAUCAAGAAAAUGCUCUCCAGAAAUUUUAGAUUUAGCUUUAACUAAAUUAACCCAUAAUGGUAACGAAAUUCCCGAAAAUUUUUGCGAGCUAUUUGCUGCCAUAUUGCAAAUAAUGCAAAUAUUCUUAAGAACACCGAAAGGAAGUGUGAAAGAUGAGGAAUUACGUGAAGGUUUGCGAGAACUCAAGUUUACUGAAGAAUGUAUUGAUGAUAUCAGCAAGGUUUUACAUAAUCAUAGGGAAUCACUGACCAAAAAUUUUGUUGAAGUAAAAUGUCUAAGAUCUUCACCUAAGAGAUUCCAAUGGAAAAUUAAUAUAUCCUUGAUAGACAGUGGAAUAUCUCACCUAAAUCAACCAACUGUAAUUAUACAUUUUCAAACGGUUAAUGAUGAAAUCAAAACAUUUGAGUUGCCUCUUUCAAUGUUUCAUCGUUUAAGAUAUAAUGUAGCACUCUUGUUGAAAGAACUUCAGUCUUGGGAAUCGAUCAAUAACAAAUCUUUAACUAGAAAAAAUUAAAGUUGGUUUUUUCAAGAAUAACAUGCCAAACAUGAGGAUAGAUGUGCUAAAAUAGAUAUUAUAAAUUGUUGUUUCCAAAGUUUUCAUAGUCUAGAUUUUUAGUGUUGAUUAUUCCAAUAUUGACAAACAAGUUGUAAAAAUCCAAUAGAAUAAUUUACGCGCUUAUAUGGACAAAAAGUGUUGUCGAAUCCCUGCAACGUAUUAAAAGAAGACAUUAAUUUUAAAUUUUCGUUUUUAUUAUAGAUUAUUUUUAUUUAUCUUUAAUAUUAUUCUCUUGUAGAAAUAAAAAAUACUUGUUCAAAAAUACUAUAAGAGCAAUAAGUGCUUUGAAAGUUCAAACGAAAGAGUGACAGGAACAAAACAAAAUUUCGAAAAAUAGUUUCUUUUAAAUUGAUUAGUAAAGCAAUAUUUUAUAUAUAUAUCUAGUUUUAUGCAGAUUUUUUUGAAAAUUUAACUAUUUUACUAAACAAGCUUGUUGCAAAUAAACAAGAACAAUGGUUGCAGCUUGUAUUUUUUACUUAAAUAUUUUGUAUUACUUACGUAUAUAAAUACAUAUUU